AUGUCUCUUCUGACUUGUGAUGAGGCUUGUCCCAGCAGGCUCUCCAGGCAGCCACUCGUUAUAAAGCCGCGUCCAGAGCGGCUUUGCUCAUUUGUAGGAAGGACAAAGGGGGUGAGAGGUACCAAGCAAAGCCGAACACCUCUGAGCUUUGACAGCCUCUGCAUCUCUCCCCCCUUCUCUCUCUCUUUCUGAAGCAAAGCAGAACCUCUUUGAAAAGAUGGUCCUGGAAACCCUGAACCCAAUGCACUACAACAUCACCAGCCUGGUACCGGACACCAUGCCCGUGGCCACCGUGCCCAUCCUCAUCCUCAUGUGCUUUCUCUUUCUGAUAUGGAACCAUGAAGAGACCUCAUCAAUACCAGGGCCAGGAUACUGCAUGGGAAUUGGUCCCCUCAUUUCACACGGCAGAUUUCUCUGGAUGGGAGUGGGGAAUGCCUGCAACUACUACAAUAAGACAUACGGAGAAUUUGUCAGAGUUUGGAUCAGCGGUGAAGAAACAUUCAUAAUUAGCAAAUCCUCAAGCGUGUUCCACGUAAUGAAGCACUGGCACUAUGUGUCUCGGUUUGGGAGCAAGCUGGGAUUACAGUGCAUUGGCAUGUACGAGAAUGGGAUCAUAUUUAACAACAACCCAGCACACUGGAAAGAAAUUCGACCCUUUUUCACCAAAGCUCUGUCUGGCCCCGGGCUGGUGCGGAUGAUCGCCAUCUGCGUGGAGUCCACCACCGAGCACCUGGACAGGCUGCAGGAGGUCACCACUGAGCUGGGCAACAUCAACGUGCUCAACCUCAUGAGGAGGAUCAUGCUCGACACAUCCAACAAGCUCUUCCUCGGGGUCCCCCUGGAUGAAAAUGCCAUUGUGCUUAAGAUUCAAAACUACUUUGAUGCCUGGCAAGCACUUUUAUUAAAGCCUGACAUAUUUUUUAAGAUUUCUUGGCUGUGCAAGAAGUACAAAGAUGCAGUCAAGGAUCUUAAAGGAGCAAUGGAAAUCUUAAUAGAACAGAAACGACAAAAGCUUUCCACUGUGGAAAAGUUGGAUGAACACAUGGAUUUUGCAUCCCAGUUGAUUUUUGCACAGAACAGAGGGGAUCUGACUGCUGAGAAUGUGAACCAGUGUGUGCUGGAGAUGAUGAUUGCUGCUCCUGACACUCUGUCUGUGACUCUCUUCUUUAUGCUAAUCCUGAUUGCAGAGCACCCCACAGUGGAAGAGGAGAUGAUGAGAGAAAUUGAAGCUGUUGUGGGCGACAGAGACAUCCAGAGUGAUGACAUGCCCAACUUAAAAACUGUGGAGAACUUUAUUUAUGAGAGCAUGAGAUACCAGCCCGUGGUGGACUUGAUCAUGAGGAAAGCGCUACAGGACGAUGUCAUUGACGGCUACCCCGUGAAAAAGGGCACCAACAUCAUCCUCAAUAUCGGGCGGAUGCACAAACUCGAAUUCUUCCCAAAGCCAAACGAGUUUUCUCUUGAAAAUUUUGAGAAAAAUGUUCCUUCCCGCUAUUUCCAGCCCUUUGGAUUCGGCCCCCGGAGCUGUGUGGGAAAGUUCAUUGCCAUGGUCAUGAUGAAGGCAAUCCUAGUGACUCUUCUGAGGCGCUGCAGAGUGCAGACAAUGAAAGGAAGAGGCCUGAACAACAUCCAGAAAAACAAUGACUUAUCCAUGCAUCCCAUAGAAAGGCAGCCUCUGCUGGAGAUGGUUUUUACACCCAGAAGAAAUGCAAACCAGAAUCAGGGUGAUAGAAUGGAUCAGCACUAAAGUUACAGCAUUUUCUCAACCACUCAGAAAUAUUCAUCAUUCC